AUGGAAUACGACCCAAAAUCCCCCCGCUCGUUUGCUGCUUCUUAUGUCUCUAACUCCCGCUUCCACCGCUCCCUGACCAUUGAGUCAACUCCAACCCAUGGCCCUCUCAAUGUGACUUACGGCGAUUAUGGCCGCGAGUCCGAUGAGAACGGAACUACUCCGACAGUCCUAUUUAUGCCGGGUAUGUUUUCAUCCCGGUACAUCGGACUCUGUCUACACACGAUUGCCGAGAAAUGGGGUGUGCGCGUUUUAGUUGUUGAUCGUCCCGGAAUGGGGAAUUUCACCGAAGUGCCGCUGGCGCAGCGAGUGUCCAUCUGGAUUGAGACCGUCCCAAGGCUGUUGGCACAUCUAGGCAUCCGACAUGUCUCGUUAGCAUCUCAUAGUGCUGGCACUAUUUAUCUGCUUAAUACCCUGUAUUACUGUAGGGAUAUUUUGUAUCCCGAGAAACCAAUGGUCUCCUUACUAGCACCGUGGGUUGACCCUGCCAAGUCAGGCUGUACAUCCAUGAAAAUGGCCCAAUACAUACCUACCCCAGCUUUCAAGCUCUGGCAUCAUAUCCCACGUCUCUUUGUGGCCAGGGAUGGGUCUGCAACAGCUAAGAGUGGAGCAAUGAUCGCCAAUCUUACUGCCUCUUUUCCCUCAAGCAGCGGUGAUGAGCAGGCAAAGAAUCGACUCUAUAUCUCGCAGAACUACGGACUAGAUAUAGACCAGCAGAAGGAGAUAGACUCUUCGAUGAUGCAGGGUAUGUUCGCGGAGAACACGGUUGGCUCUAAUAGUGAGGCGCUGCAGUGCCUACGGAAGGAGCCUAACACAUGGGGUAAAUGUGAAGACUAUGAGGUCUUUGUGCGUGAGUUGGUAGAACGCGAAAGAGGACGAGAGGGAGUGCCGUUGAAAGUUCAGAUAUACUUUGGUGAGACGGAUAGCAUGAUUGGCAAGAAGGGUCAGGCUUAUGUUGAGAGCUGUUGGCAGACGGCUCAUGUGGACUCGGGGGGUGCAAUUGAAUUCGAUUCGAGGGUAGUGUCUGGCACCGACCAUGAUACUAUAGUGCCGUCUGCGGAAGUGUGGGAGACUAUUUUUAAGAAAAUGGUGGCUUAG